GCUGCGCUGCUCUUUUUGCCUUUGAGGGGGGAAAGCAAGAUGGCGGAACUAGGGAAAAAGUAUUGCGUGUACUGCUUGGCCGAGGUUAGCUCGCUCCGUUUUCGCUGCACCGAAUGUACCGACAUCGAGCUUUGCCCCGAGUGCUUUUCAGCGGGCGCCGAGAUUGGCCCGCAUAGGCGCUGGCACGGCUACCAGCUGGUAGAUGGUGGGCGCUUCACGCUCUGGGGUGCCGAGGCCGAGGGUGGCUGGAGCAGCCGCGAGGAGCAGCUCUUACUGGAUGCUAUCGAGCAGUUCGGCUUCGGCAACUGGGAAGAUAUGGCUACUCAUGUUGGAGCAUCGCGAACUCCUCAAGAAGUUAUGGAACACUACGUAAGCAUGUAUAUACAUGGCAAUCUUGGAAAAGCCUGCAUUCCUGACAUCAUUCCAAAUAGAGUGACUGAUCAUACUUGCCCAAGUGGUGGUCCACUUUCUCCUAGCCUUACCAUGCCUCUGCCACCUUUAGAUAUAUCAGUGGCUGAACAGCAGCAGCUUGGUUAUAUGCCACUUCGAGAUGACUAUGAGAUUGAGUAUGAUCAAGAUGCUGAGACUCUAAUUAGUGGCCUUUCAGUUAAUUAUGAUGAUGAUGAUGUGGAAAUAGAAUUAAAAAGAGCUCAUGUGGAUAUGUAUGUAAGAAAACUGAAGGAGAGGCAGCGGCGAAAGAACAUUGCCCGUGACUACAACUUGGUUCCUGCUUUUUUAGGGAAGGAUAGGAGAGAUAAAGAAAAACCUUCAAAACGCAAAACUACAAAAGAAGAAAAGGAACUGAGGUUAAAACUGAGGUCUCUUUACCAGUUUAUGUCUUGCAAAGAAUUUGAUGAUUUCUUUGAAAACCUGCACAAGGAAAAGGUACUUCGAACAAAAAUAAGAGAACUCCAACGGUAUCGCCGAAAUGGCAUAACAAAAAUGGAAGAGUCUGCAGAAUAUGAAGCAGCUAGACACAAACGAGAGAAAAGGAAAGAAAAUAAAAACAUUGGUACUUCUAAAAGAGGAAAGGAGGAUGGUAAAGAUGGAGAAUUCUCUGCAAUUGAAAAUCUUCCUGGCUUUGAACUGUUAUCUGACCGAGAGAAAGUACUUUGUAACUCUAUUAAUCUGAGUCCAGCACGCUAUGUGACUGUUAAAACUAUAAUUAUUAAAGAUCAUCUCCAAAAAAGGCAGGGCAUCCCCUCAAAAAGUCGCCUUCCUAGUUACUUGGAUAAGAUACUAAAGAAAAGGAUUUUGAAUUUUUUGACAGAAAGUGGUUGGAUAUCCAGGGAUGCUUCUUAAAUCUUGACUACUUUGAAAUAGCAUCAUUAUGAACAGAGGAACCAUCAUUGGCCAUUGAUCUUUUACCAGCCUUUUUAAACAUCUAAGAUCUUGUAAAAAGCUCACUCCUGAACAACUGGGUUUUCUGUAAUGGAUCAUGUAAAUGUUAGAUCUUAUUUUGUGAACCACUUUACACAUCACCUUAAAAGAACACACUGUGGGUGAAGUGGCUCAUUUUACCUGUUUACCAGUGUAUCAGAAGUGAGAUGUAAAACUCUGACAAUACUUGUUGAACUCUACCUCUGCUGCACAAGCUUGUAUUUUAGACAUGAUGCUGGCUAAGGUUGCUAUUCUCCACACAUUUACUUGGAAGUAUGCCCCACUACAUUCAGUGGUAUUUACUGUCACGUAAGACCGUAUCCGAUUGGGCUACUUAUGUAUCCUUCUAAAUCCUGGGCAAUGAACUUGAACACAAAUCGCGAUUUCAUAUUGCAUAUGCAUACUACAAGUUUUUUACAUUUUUUCACAUGCCAGUGCAUUCUGCUAUAUUGCCACAAGAGCACAGAGAAUGCAACACUAAUAUAAAAUGGUUUAGCACAACACAUCAUAUGAUUAAAAUGAGUCAAGUAGCUCCACUAUCUAGCUUGCAUAGAAUCAUUGGAAACCUUUGGCAAAUAACAGGCAUUCCAGUUGUAAACAUAGUGAUGGCUAGCUAACUGCUUUGGUAUACGUACUAAUGUUCCACUUCUGUACAAUUUGAAAAAUGAAAGGAAUCUGCAUGUGGUUUCAUUUAAGUAUAAUCAUCUGAGAAAAUGAGAAAUAUAGAGUUUAUGAGAAUAUAAUUGGAAUAUACUGACAUAUUUGCUUAAACAACUAUGCACUGCUUGCGAUUAACCAACCCAAACUGUUCUUCAGGUUUAUACUGUAUGUAGAGUUUAAACACACACUUUCCCAGUCUCUGGCAAGAAUCCCAAAAUGGGAAAGUACAUACUGCCAGGCUACACAUGGAUAUAACAGGUGAGCAGACAGUACAAGUGUGAUUAGUAUAUGAUGCUGUGUGUACUUCAGAUGUUUUAACAACAUAGCAGUUGACACAAGGCAUGGACUGUUGUCCUGAAAGGAAUGUAUUUGCUUACCUGUUACUUUUAUCACCACUGAAGCCACACGUUUUUUACUUUCUUAAUGGCCUUUAUAAUAGCUGUGCUUCUCAUAGCGCCCUGCAAGCUGCUGCUUAAAAGGGAAAGGGGGACACUUUUCUUGUAUUAUUGGGUAUGAACAAUCCCAGCUAUAUAUAGGCAAGAUUCUGGUAAAAUGUCCACUACUGAAACAGUACUUCUGGUCCACUCACUUUGCUGGAGAAUGAGUCUUGAUGGCUUUUUGUUGAGCUUAUUCAUAAACGAUCUUUUGGGCCCUUGAAUGCAUAGUUUAAUUUACUACAUGUGCAGCAGAAUAAAUGUUUCAUUUGUCAGUGCAACUUAGUUACUAGUAAAUGUACUUUGAAUUGCAACCUUAAAGUUUCUUGUGUUCUCAAACUUAGAAAUUGGAAUCACUAUGCAGUUGCAUGCAAAAGUUCAGAACAAAUUGUAUGCUUCUGUGAAUCCCUAACGAACAGAAGCCAACAAAACCACCACAUGGCACAAAGUAAACACAGCAUCUUUCUGCAAAUCUGAAUGCAUACUACACAUACAGAGUUCUUUAGAUUCAACAUUUUUGAAAAUGUGAAUAUGGCAGAUGCACAACUUUGGAUAUCCCUUCAGUCAGAAUUUCUAGCACCUUUGCUAGAAGUAACAGCUUCCCGGAUUUUUUUUUCUCACUCUUCCUUGCAAGUCUUUAACCUCAGAAAUAUUCUUAAGCCCACCUGCUUGCACAGCAUGUUUAUCUCCCCAAAUCUGGGGACAGUGGAGGCCAUUCCAAAACUAUUAUCUUCCUUUCCUGCAAGGACUUUAUGGUUGAUUUGGGCCUAUGUUUUGGACAGUCUGGCUGAAAUACCUGACAUCUGAAAGGGUAUCCAACAUUAUGCAUAGUAAGUAUGCAUUCAAACUUCAACUUCAAUUCACUUAUAUUUCCUUGCAAUAUACAAUUUGAUUAGGCAUGCAUAAACUUUUACGUGCAACUGUACAUGCUGCAUGACAGUAAUUUCUGCUUAGGUGAUGGAACAGUUUUCGUACUAAUACAUGCUGAUUUACUACACAGGACAAGGAUAAUAUUAAGAUAUACUUGCAGUCAAUAGAAAUAGAUCUGACUAUAUCAUUCUGCAGACCUUAUUUACCUGCCACAAGUAGCCUAUUAUUGCACACAUGGGGCCGGCAACGUAAUGCAUGCAGAUACAAUUUAA